UUUUUUUUAGAGUAUCCAAAUUUAGAAUUUGAAUAUCCACUUCCAAAACAAAAUAAAAUAACAGUACAGAAUAUGGGUUUCUAGAGAAGAUUAAAUCCAUUUGGUUCCAAUUUAAAAUCACUCAAAUUUUGUCAUAAACAAUUAAGGGGGGAAAAAGCUUUUAUUAAUUUAUUUUCAAAAAAAGAGGGUAAAAGGUUGGGAAAAGGGAUUGAGAAGGGUAGAAAGGUGACAUUGUAUUGGCGUUGUUAGGUUCACCAGAUCCGCGUUUGGUCCUAGCGUAAGCCUACUUGAUUCAGCAAUCAAUAUCCUUCACCUACCCACCCCUCCUUCUGUUUCAAGACCCACCUUCUUCGCUGCCUUCCAUUGACACUUGCUUCCCACCAUUAGCAAGAAAAGCCAGCCACUGAUUGAGAGCAGAGGAUAUAAGCAAAACAAAAAACACAGCUGACCCAUUUGCUCUCCCUAUCCAUUUACCCAUUUCUUGCAUCAGAAAAAAUACAACUUUGAGAAAAUAAUAAUAAUAAUUAAAAAAAAAAAUUCAUGGAUUUGGAUUUCUUACAGUCACUGGAUCCCCAGAUUCUUCUGGGUGCGGCAGUAGCUGUUGUUGCCAUUGUGCUUGGUGGUGCUUACUUUCUAUUCUCCUCCAAGAAGCCUAAAGGCUGCUUGGAUCCUGAAAAUUUCAAGGAGUUUAAACUUGUAAAGCGUACACCAUUGAGCCACAAUGUUGCAAAAUUCACAUUUGAACUUCCUACACCUACUUCAGUUUUGGGCCUUCCAAUUGGACAACAUAUAAGUUGCAGGGGGAAGGAUAGCGAAGGUCAAGAGGUUAUGAAGCCUUACACCCCAACCACUUUGGAUUCUGAUGUUGGACAUUUUGAAUUAGUCAUAAAGAUGUAUCCACAAGGAAGAAUGUCACACCAUUUUCGUGAGUUGCGUGUUGGAGAUUAUCUUGCUGUAAAAGGUCCCAAGGGUCGUUUCAGAUAUACACCUGGCCAAGUUAGAGCAUUUGGGAUGCUUGCUGGAGGCUCUGGAAUCACUCCAAUGUUCCAAGUUGCUAGAGCCAUUUUGGAAAAUCCAAAAGACAGAACGAAGGUUCACCUUAUCUAUGCAAAUGUCACAUACGAGGACAUUCUUUUGAAGGAGGAGUUAGAUUCUCUAGCUACUAACUACCCUGAUCGGUUCAAAGUGUACUAUGUUUUGAAUCAGCCUCCGGAAGUAUGGAAUGGUGGAGUCGGCUUUGUAUCAAAGGAAAUGAUUCAAACCCACUGCCCUGCACCAGCAGCUGAUAUUCAGAUUUUAAGGUGUGGUCCACCACCCAUGAACAAGGCCAUGGCGGGUCACCUUGAAGCACUUGGAUAUACAUCAGAGAUGCAGUUUCAAUUCUGAUCUUUCCACCAUAAUAAUUCUUCUGCUUUUGGAUCAAUGUUCCAUUUUCUUCCCAUUGGGAUGAGCAGAACAUCUUUUUCUUGUUUAUUUCACCUCAAAUGAAAGCAUCAAGCAUAAACUUCUUAACAUUGACUAGAAUGGCAUUGUAUGAAAAGAUUUUGACAUGCAAUGCUAUUAUUUUCUUGGACAUAA